AUGCUGUCGAGUCUCGCAAACCCGCGCCAGGCGGCGUCGCAGCUGCUCAACUUCGCGCUGAUCCUUUCGACUGCGUUUAUGAUGUGGAAGGGUCUUUCGGUCAUUUCCGAUUCUCCCAGCCCCAUCGUCGUCGUUCUCAGUGGCUCAAUGGAGCCUGCAUUCCAGAGAGGAGACCUUCUCUUUCUUUGGAACCGCAACCUGAUCCAGGAAACCGACGUUGGCGAGAUCGUCGUCUACGAAGUCAAGGGCAAGAAUAUUCCCAUUGUUCACAGAAUCGUUCGAAGAUUCGGCUCCGGACCGGAAGCAAAGCUCCUUACCAAGGGUGACAACAACAACUCGGAUGACACUGCUCCCAACGAUCAGAUGCUGACCAAAGCAGAGCUGUAUGCCAAAAACCAGGACUACCUCGUGCGAAAGGACAUCAUCGGUAGCGUCGUCGCAUAUAUUCCUUUCGUCGGCUACGUUACGAUCCUCCUCUCGGAAUACCCGUGGUUGAAGACGGCAAUGUUGGGAAUAAUGGGCUUAGUAGUGGUGCUGCAGAGAGAGUAG